AUGGAUUCUUUCAUCUUGCAAGCUGUUGCACUCGCGGCACUCAUAAUAUUUCUAUGGGCCAUCCGCCGACGACUCCGUAGGACAUCUUUCAACAACCUACCAGGACCACCAGCCAAGUCUUGGAUAUUUGGUUCUCUUGCGCAAUUGCGAGAUCGAAACGCAUGGGACUUCCAUCGCCAAGUGUCCGAAACUUAUGGAGAAGUUAGUCGUGUCAAAGGUCUUUUGGGGGUCAACGGUCUCUACGUAUACGAUCCAAAGGCGCUGAACCAUGUUCUCGUCAAGGAACAAGAGAUCUACGAAGAAACGGAAGGCUUCAUCCAGUCCAACUUAUUAGCAUUCGGCGGUGGUUUCUUCGCUUCAGUCGGUGAACGUCAUCGCCUUCAUAGGAAAAUGCUUAAUCCAGUCUUUUCAAUUGCCCAUAUGCGGGAGAUGGUCCCAAUAUUCUACGAAAUAGCCCAUAAGCUCCAAAAUACUCUCAUGAGCAUGACAUCCACUGGGCCAAGAGAGGUGAAUCAGCUUCUUCUCUACUUCGAUGCAGAGCCUCAUUUGCGACAGAUUGAUAUUCUAGCGUGGAAUACCCGCCUUGCACUCGAACUCAUUGGGCAAACUGGACUCGGCUAUUCAUUUGACACCUUGGAGGAAGGGGCGACUCCGCACCCGUAUGGCGUGGCCUCGAAGUUUUUCAUGCCACUGACGAGCGGAUUCUCAAUUAUAGUGAGAGAUAUCAUGGCACCCCUUGUCGUGCGAUAUGGAUCUCCUCGUAUUGGCCGGUUCUUAGCGAGUUGGGUUCCGUGGAAGAAGCUUCACCAGUUCCGAGAUGUUAUGGACACUCUGAACGGCACAGCUCUCGAGAUUCUUGAAGAAAAGAAGAAGGCAAUACACGCAGGCGAUGAAGUAUUGAAGACCCAAGUUGGACGCGGAAAAGAUAUAAUGAGCAUCCUACUGAAGUCCAAUAUGAACGCGUUGGAUGCGGACAGGCUAACUGAUGACGAGCUCACAGGUCAAAUUUCCUCUUUGACUUUUGCCGCCACCGACACGACGUCAUCAGCGUUGUCGCGUAUCUUGUAUCUCCUUUCUGUGAACAAGGACUGUCAGGACCGGGCCAGGGAGGAAAUAAAGGUUGCCAAAGAAGAUAAUGGGGGUCAAGACAUCGACUACGAUACUUUGGUUUCACUUCCCUUCCUAGAUGCAGUCUGUCGAGAAACCCUUCGCUUGUAUCCGCCGCUCCCGUUCCUCCAGCGAACGACUCGGGCGGACACCGUCUUACCCCUUGCAACUCCAGUCAAAGGAAUCAACGGUGAGGACAUACGCGAGCUACCUCUACCGACUGGCACCCCGGUCUUCGUCUCUGUCAUCUCUUCAAACACAAACCCCAGAUUAUGGGGGCCAGACUCAUACAAAUGGAGGCCUGAACGAUGGUUGACCCCACUCCCGGAAAGUUUGAUCAAUGCACGCAUUCCUGGAGUAUAUUCACACUUACUGAUGUUCAUCGGAGGCGGAAGGUCCUGCAUCGGCUUCAAAUUUUCGCAGCUUGAAAUGAAAGUAGCACUUGCACUCUUGCUGGAGAAACUCGAGUUCACCCCAUCAAAUAAACACACUGUCUGGCAAAUGUCCGCGGUCGCCCUUCCUCACCCAGAUUUCGAGAGCAUUCAGCCGAGGCUGCCAAUAGUAAUUAGUCGAGCUGACUGA